AUGGGUCUGCAAAGUCUGCCAACUUUAGCUCCGUUUCAGCUAUUCAAAAUAUAUACAUUAAAAAUACUUCCUUUCAUCUUAGAAUGCGAUUUGGGAGAGCAUCUGACAUGUAAAAUUAAAUUUAUUUGCUGUUGGAUGUACCAAUGUGUUUGUCUUCCGAAUCACGUAUACCUUGGACUCGGACAUGGUUGCCUCUACGAAAAAUUUGUUUAA